CAACCGCGCACAGUGGAAUCAAGUCUGCAAGACUAAAAGGCAGGACGACAAGUGUUUCCCCCGUAAAAAACACUCAUUGGGGCACAUUUUGAAAGAGAAAGCGCCACAGCGUGGAACUGCAUCUGUAUUGUUUUGAUACAGUGCAGGGAAUGGAAUAUAACCAUAUCAGUUGUGCGCCAGGCAUGUGGAAAUUUGACCCUCGUUUCGAAAUCGAAGUGCUCCCAAAUAAUAGCCGAUUGUCAAGCACGGGCUGGUUCUCAUAGUUUGCCAAAUUCCUAGCCACAUUGAUCCCUUAAACACAAUGCAAGAAUGUCGGACAUGGAAAGGAAGCCGUCUUUGAAAGAAAGGGCUCUUGAACGACUGGGAAUAAACGCUUUGCGACAGAAGGCCCAGACCAAUGACAAUGUGACAACGGGGAGCUUGUUACCAAGCAGUGGCCCCGCCCUUCACAACGGCCAAUCAGGGAGCCAGAAGCAAAUCUCCAUAUCUGUGAUAGAGGGCUUACGGCCCAGCCCCAAAGUAACAGAAAUGCCCCAAGCCCCAUCGGAGAAGAAGGUGAAACGCCAGCAGCCCAAGGGCACCAUCGAGUACCAGGUACAAGUGUCCAAUACCUUGGAGAGUAUUGCAGCUCAGUUUGACACAACGCCAUCAGAGCUCGCCAAACUCAACAAGCUCCCCUCUCGGAUGAUCUUCCCAGGCCAGGUGAUAUAUGUACCCGACCCUAACCAUGACUCCGGGUCCGAGCUCUCAGCCUCACCCCCUGUGCCCAGCCCACCCGCCACUUUCCUACCCCAGGAAGACAAACCCAGGAUGGAUGUACCAAUAAUAAAAAUGGCUGACCGCCCGCCAACUAAAGUCCCAGGUCAUGUUGAACGACAGACGUCCCAGUCAUCACUCCCCGACACGGAUGAUUUGCCUCCACGAAAGCUUUCUGAGGAGGAGGCUAAAGAGCUUGACCAGGAGUGCUACGAGAGGUUCAUCAAGGUUAACGUGAAACACAUCACUGACGGACAGGGAGUGGUAAAUGGAGUUCUGCUAGUGACCCCAAAUGCGAUCAUGUUUGACCCUAAUGUAUCCGACCCCUUGGUGAUAGAACAUGGCCCAGAGCUGUAUGGGAUGAUGGCUCCCAUGGACACCGUGAUCAGUGCUGCCAUGUAUCAUGAUAUCGCGGCCAUGAAACUUAAAGGACAGGCGGAAGAGCAUCCUACUGAUUCCCCGCGGCGUGAGAUUUACCACGGAAGGGACUGUCCUAUGGCCAAAAUAUGCUCAAACGAGAUUCCUGAGGUGAAAUGUUACAUGGAGGGCAAAGUCAGCCCUGAGAGACUUCAAAACCUCCUCGUUCCUCUACAGUCGAGAGCGAGUUGUCCGAGGCGGGAAGUGUGUGUUCUUGUGGAGCUAGCAAAGACUCAGACACCACCCACCAAUCAGAUCCCAGUAUUACUGUGCAGAAAGCAACUGGAGGAGGCAAAGACAUCCAAUCAGAUGCCAGUAUUACAAAGGGUCCCACAGAUCCUGGCCAAUCAGGGAUGUCUAGUAAUGCCUGUGAGCACAGAAGGCAAGGCGGUAAAAGAUGAUGGUGGCUCAGUGAGCUCCAGUAAGCCUGAAAAUGAAAGCGAAAGUGAAAGUAAUGUGAGACUGGGUCAGGAAGGUAACCUAACCAAAAAUCAGGCCGAGGAUGAUUUGGGUUUGCGGCCUUUAGUAUUUGUUGACAAUUGCUUCGAUGAUAGCUUCAGAGAUGCUAUGCAUGAAGCUUCCUUGCAACAGCUCCAAACUACUUUGAGAGAAUUAGAUCUUGAGUCAAGCGAGAUCACCCUCGAUAGCUCAGGCACUGGCACCCACGCAGACAUUUCAGGGGAGACAAGUAUGUACACUUCCUGCUCCACAGAUCUUUCGACAAAUGUGACAGACGAUUCGCUCUUGGACAAAAGAGUGUUGUUGGACAUGAAGGAGGACAGCAAAGGCCCGGUCUCUGAGAAUAAGCCUGUCACCUCCUCCCCUACACAGUCUCAGAAGGAAAUACACCAGGAACAUUCCGAAGACCAAAUUGCACCCCAGGGUUUGUCCCACGCUCUCUCACAGAACACAUGCAAAUUGGAAACAUUACGUACUUCCAGUACUCAUCUCUUGAGGAAGCUGGCACUGCAGAGCAAGAAGGGAGAAGAAACCUCUCUUCAGCGUGCGCCUUCCAAGUCCGACCCCAUUCCCAUGCCUGACCUCAGCAAGGAGGAGGUAGUCGAGGCACGGAGUUCCUCGUCGUUCGGCUCAUUUACAAGUUCCCCUCAUAUUAGUGCUUUUGUGAAUUACGCUACAGGAUUGUUUCGCAGCACAGCUGAUGAUCAUAAACUCGUCAAGGAUAUUACCGAAGUUCCGCCAGGGGAGACAGAAGUUGACGGCAGUGUCACUAGUCAAACUGAGGCCACCCCUGUCAAGGCCAUGGACAAAGGCCUGGAGAGCUCAGACAAACAUGUUAAUGUGGAAAAUGCUGUCAAGUUAGGAGACAUGCCCGAGUUGUUCCAGUCAAUAGAAGAUACUGCUGGGGUCACUCCUUACGGAACUCCAGUCAUGCCGCUGCUGGAAUUAAUUCCGCGGCCUGCAGUGCGUACUGAUGACCCUCCCCUGUACUUAUGUUUGCGUGUGGGCAAACCGAUUCAUCAACGGGUACACAGUACUGGGCCUAUCGAGUCGUACAGUCGCAAGAAGAAGAAACCUGAAUACUGGUUCUCCAUUCCAAGAAACAAAGUGGACCAGCUAUACGCCUUCUUUGUCCAGUGGUCACCCGAUAAGUAUGGGGACGAGGGAGACAUUGACCCAGCCUCUCGUGGAUUUGUUGUCGUUGACGAAGAGGACCCCGAAGUGGGAGAAGACGAAGGUCUGGACAUUUUUGACGAGUAUUUUGGGCCAUCAUCUGCACAUAGGAUACACAGAGACUGGGAGAUUGUAAACAGAGAAGAGUUCCGUCGCCGCUCUAUCGACGUGUACGAACCACUCCCUCUGCCAGAACUGAUAGGAGGCAGUGCUAUCCUCACUGAGGAACAUAUCUCACAGAUCAGUAAGGUACUGCCCGGCAGGGCAGUGGGUUACCCCUGGACUCUUGUUUACAGCACAGAGACCAAUGGCUUCAGUCUGAAGACCCUCUACCGCCACAUGAUCGGGCUGGAAGGACCUAUCCUGUUGGUGGUGGAGGACACGGGGCACAAUGUUUUUGGAGCGCUGGUCGCCUGUCCCCUCACCAUGAGCGAACAUUUCUAUGGCACUGGGGAGUCCUUCCUCUACACGUUCACCCCCGAGUUCUGUGUGUACAAGUGGACAGGGGAAAACAACUUUUUCAUCAAAGGGAACAGGGAUAGCCUGGCUAUAGGAGCUGGACAGGGUGUGUUUGGACUUUGGUUUGACGAGGACUUGUACCACGGCCGAAGCAAUCGCUGUGAGACGUACGACAAUGACCCUCUGACUGCUACAGAGGAUUUUGUUCUCAAAGGGCUAGAAGCUUGGGCCUUCAUGGUGUGAGAUGACAGUUUCCAUUGUGUGAGCGAAAAAAAUAUCAACCGAGCGGUAAAAAAAAGCCACUGCAAGGACUUAAUAAGGUCUCAAGAUGAACGAAAGCUGAUGCAUCAUUUUGUGAGCAACUUGCAAGUAAAGAAAAAAAAAACACUUUGAAAGAAACACUUAAUUGUUAUUGGUGCCAAUGGUUUUGGAUUGGUAAGGCCCUACUUUUGGAGCCAUGAAUUGGUGAUAUAAAUGUGGGUUUGGGCCUAUUUGACUGGUCAUCUAAGUGCAAUUUGUAGUGGUAACAGCUUACAGAAUGUAUCAUUUAAUAUUGUCUAGUUGCUAUGGCGAUGCACUUGUUGUAUACUGUUUCACGUAAUUUGUAAAUAUCAUUUAUUUGUUUUC